AUGACGUGGUCUCUUCUAGCCCUCUUGCUUUGGGGCUGCGUACGUGUACAGCAAGCUUUUGGAGAAACUCAUCGGACGACUCUAGUGAAUGGAACAGUGGCAAGAGAAGGUCGCCUCCAAAUAGAUAUUCGUGGAAUCUCUGGAACCGUAUGCUCGAACGAAUGGACUGAAAAACACGCAGAACGGCUUUGUAAAAGAUUUGGUUACAGAGGAGUCGAGGAAUACCUUGUGUACAAAUUUGGAAAGGGAACAACUGAAAUAAUUUGGACAAAUAUAAGUGGAUGUAUCGAUAACUUAGAUAAUACUAUAUGUGAUCCUGACAUUUCUUUACUUAAUCCAUCAUGCAAUCACUCUAAAGAUGUUGGUGUCAUAUGUUCGCAAGUCAGAAUUCGACUUGUACGACCUGGUUCAUCGAGGUAUAGGCGCACACAUGACGGGCGUGUAGAGAUAUACUAUUUUGGCAAAUGGUCCACUGUGGCGGGAUUGCAUCUGGGAGCAGCUAAUUUUAUUUGCCAGAAUCUAGGUUUUCCAGAGGCAGUGUUCGCCGAUUGUUGUGGAAUAUUUGGGCAUUCUACUGACAUGCCGGCGUAUCGGGUGACAUGUGUAGGAGGUGAAAAAGAAAUAACAGAUUGUUCUUUAGAAAGGACACACUACAGGCCACCAGUACAAUCGGGAGUUAUUUGUGCAAAAGACUCACUAAGAUUAAUAGGAGGAGAUUUUCCGUCACAGGGAAGAGUAGAGGUUUUUACAGAUUCAGUGUGGCACAAAGUAUGUACGCCGGAUAUAAGCAUGAAUGCUGGAAGAGUUAUUUGCCGGCAACUUCACUUUGAUGAUGUAUUAGACGUCGUUGAGGUGUAUAGCAAGAAUUCAAUUUCUCCGACUAUAAAGAAUGUCAGUUGCGUUGGGUCAGAAAAACGUUUCGAAAAAUGCUUGUUCCAAACAGUCUCAACUGGGACUUGCGACACAGAUGUGUUUCUGAAAUGUACAGCCAGUGGAUCGAGAUUAUUUGAUGGCUUCUCUCGUGUAGAAGGCUUUGCCCAAGUAUACCUGAACCAUUCAUGGAGGUAUGUUGAAGGUGUAAGGUCAGGUAUUGAUGAUGCACAAGAAAACAACCUUGACGUCUUAAACUUCAUUUGUUUGAAGCAACAUACAAGUGGCCUAAAUGUAUUUCGAUGCGAAAAUAACUACAUUAAUUACCCAACUGCGAACUGCGAAAUACGAGAUGACGUACUAUAUUGUACACCCCACACACAGGCAAACAGGAAUAGGUAUAUAUGUUACACUGAAUGCUCAAAUGAUACGCUGAGAAUUAAGAGAUACAUGGAUAAAAGACUUCAAGUAGGCCUACAUUCUGGAUUCAUUGAAAUAUUCUUCAACAACGCUUGGAAUCAUAUUUGCCGAGACAACUGGGAUUUAAUUGCAACUGAGGUUGCUUGUAAAGACCUUAAUUUUCUUGGUGCUGCUGAUCUUGAUAAUUUAAGAAAUAAGGGUAAUCGUAACAGUACAUAUACACUCAGAGCUGCAGUUCUUUGGUGUGAUGGUAGUGAAUCCAGCCUGCAUGAUUGUCCUCGUAAUGACACUUCAGAGUGUAGUAGCGGCCCUGUUGAAGUCGCAUGCAUAAGUGAGGGAAUACGAUUUCAAGGCUCUGUUGUUGGCUAUGCCGGUCGAGUAGAGGUUUACUCUGGUGAAAAAUGGGGACCUGUUUGCGGAUAUGAUUGGGAUUUGCAGGAUGCCAACGUUGCGUGUACCAUGAAAGGUUUUCCGAGUGCUGUUGAAGCUUAUCACUCCGCAGAAUUUGGUGCAGUUUUAGAAGAUACAUUUUAUCGUUUUGACUGUUCAGGAGAUGAGACCAGUUUAUAUUCUUGUGUACACUCUACCGCCAAUUCCGGCUACUGUGACCAUUAUGCAGGUGCUGGUCUGAUUUGCUCUCAGAGUACAAUUAGACUUCAGGGUGGUAGUAGUUCUACGGGUCGCGUUGAGUUGUUCAUUGACGGUAUAUGGGGAACAGUUUGCGAUGACCAAUGGGAUUUUAACGACGCCUUUGUGGCAUGUCGCCAGCUUGGCUUCAGUAACGCGAGUAUUGUUCACAUCAAGGGUAGAUACGGCGAGGGAACUGGUGUGAUACACCUCGACAACGUAGAAUGCACGGGUACGGAAAUUGAGCUCCAACAAUGUGAACAUCUCGAUCAACACAACUGUCUACAUUCGGAAGAUGCAGGAGUAUCUUGCGUGCAAAGUGAAUCAAGAAGACCUGGGUGGCUCAGAACAUUUAAUGAUGUGAAAAUAGAAGGUUGCCAUGCAAAUUGGUUUCGAGACAGCGAUCGGUGCUUAUCCGUCGUACAAUUUGAACAUGAUCAUUCGUACAAUAAUAUCACGUGCCCUCGCAACUCGGUACUUCUCAGAAGCGACACCUCUUUGCUAACACUCACACAAUACGUUUACGCAUUAUAUUAUUACGAUUCAAAUGCUACAGUUAUAUUUCUUUGGAGAAAGCGAAAUAGUGACAUUUGUAAAACUCUGAACCGAGAAAUACCAGCCAAACGGGGAAGUACAUGGAAGGAACUUGAGGUGUUAUGCAAAGGUAUGCAUGCGAGAGCAUUCGUUUGCCAAAUGAAUAUUGAAGAUCAGUCACGCAUGUGUUCCAGCAAAUUGUUUAAGUGCUUAUCCGGAGAGUGUAUAUUGAAGUCAUUUGUCUGCGAUGGAAAUUUUGACUGUCGGGAUCACAGCGACGAGAAUGAGCAAUGUAUUACAGAAUGUUUUCAAAGGCUCGAUGCUUCAGAUUACCGCGGAAUUCUCGAUACAACCAAAGAUGGAACAAAGUGUGUUUUAUGGACAGAUGCAAAUAAUCCCGUAGAUGCUGUAACGCCGGCUAAAGUUUUCGGCAAAGGAAUUGGAAAUCAUAACUAUUGUCGCAACCCAAACGAACGGUGUCGUGCGUGGUGCUAUUCAAAAGAAUUCUACGAAGUGAAAGAUUGUGCAAUCGAGCAAUGUGCUGAAGACUCUCAACUGAAUUGCCCAGCUACUAGUUUUACAUGUGCUUCCGGUCACUGCAUAUCAUAUUCAUUCUAUUGCGAUCAUAAGCCAGACUGUCCCGACAAUUCUGAUGAAAUUAAUUGUAUAUUUCCUGAAUGUGGAAAAUCCGAUCAUGAAUGUGACAAUGGUCGUUGUUUGGAAUCCUUACUGAGGUGUAAUCGUAUACCAGAUUGCAUUGAUAAAACAGACGAGUUAAAGUGCGGAAAGUGUAGCGAUUCAUAUUUGCGAUGUAGUGAUGGAAAGUGUGUUCCUGAAAACCACAUUUGUGACGGAAAACAAGACUGUCAUGAUGGAAAAGACGAAUCAAUGUUAACGUGUUCUCACAUGGAUACAUCAACAUGCGGUGUUAACGAGAUUCGAUGCAGUAACCAUCUUUGUGCGGACAAGCAAUACAUUUGUCAGCUUCAAAUGGAUGAAUUUGGAAAAAUUCGAGGCUGUCAGGAUCGCAGUCACCUAAAUCAUUGUGUUUUAUUUGCAUGUCCUGCUCAUACAUAUAAGUGUCCGUACUCAUACUGCAUUCCGAUCAAAAGCCGAUGCGACGGAAUAAACGAUUGUCAUGAUGGAGAAGAUGAACAAUAUUGUGACUAUUAUAAUUGUGUCGGAUAUUUUAAAUGUCAAGACGCCACAAACUGUAUUUCCCAAUUCGACAUUUGCAAUGGUAUCAAGGAUUGCAUACGUGGCGAUGAUGAACUUUUCUGCAAUGUAACAUGUCCUGAUGGAUGCAUCUGCGAUGGACUUUCGUUUAUUUGCUUUGGAACUGAUUGGACUGCCGAUAAGGCUAAUUUUAUCUCAUCUGAAAUAAGAUUCUUAAACUUGAGUAGAGUUGUUUCUCGUGGCUCGAAUGAAUACAUCGAUGAACGCCUUUUUAUAAACACAAGUGCUCUGAAUUUCAUUGGAAUAUUAGAUGUUUCGGCAAGUGGCAUUCGAUCAAUACGUCCUAAAUAUUUUGAAAAUAUGCAGAAUCUCCAAAAUCUAUAUCUUCAGGACAACAAUAUAUCUUCAUUGGAAGACGGUGUUUUCAAAGGUCUUACAAGACUUCAACAUCUGGAUAUUUCUGAAAAUGCUAUUAAAGACUACGAUAUCAACAUAUUUCAAGACUUGAAGAAACUGAAACGAUUGUAA